AUUUCUCUCUCUCUCUCCCCCUUAGAAAUUGAAAGAGAUAGAAGUUGUCACCUGCUGCCUCUACUAACCAAACCCACUUCGCUAAACACUUGAAAACCCUACUCAUUUCUUACCCCAUUGUGUUUGUUUCUCGGGAAAAGGAGGGAUUUUCUCGAGACCCAGUGAGGAUUUAAGGCUUUUGCUUUCUGGGUUUUGUUUUGGGGAGUGUUUUCUUGGUGGGUUUGAUUGAAAAACAGAGGAGAAAGUGAAGAAGAGGAAGAAAUAUGGAUGCUUAUGAAGCUACUACUCUGGUUUAUGCGAAGAUCAAGAACUUGGAGCCUGAGAAUGCUUCCAAAAUCAUGGGGUUUCUACUCAUUCAAGACCUUGGAGAUAAGGAGUUGAUACGUUUGGCUUUUGGGCCUGAUACCCUUUUGCAUUCACUGAUUUUGAAGGCCAAAGCUCAUUUAGGGUUUACUUUCAACUCUUCUUCUUCAACACCCUCUUCGCCUUCGCCGCUUAAUCCUAUUGCACGACCUUCAAACAGUAACCCUUUCUCUCAAUCUUCGCCUAGAAUCCCUAAUAAUGGCUUUGACUUUAGUAAAAACCCUUCUUCUCCUUCUUCAACGGGUUCUUGGUCACUUUCAGGCAUCACUAACAAUGCCAUUAGCCCAAACUCCAGCCCUCUUCUCUCUUAUGACAGCAUUCGAGCUGCCCCUUUUCCAAUGCCUCCAUUUUUGCAGCACAAAAAUGGGUUUGUGGAUUCUGAUGUCAUUGAAGAGCCUCAAGUGAACGAUUACCUUUCGUUUCUUAACGAGUCUUCUUCUUCAAGAGGUGAGGAUUUGGUGGAUCCAAGGAUGGAAUUAGGGCGUGGUUUGCAGAAUUGGACGCAAUCUAUGGACAAUGCUGAGACCCCUUUUCAUAGAAGAAGCUAUUCUGCUAGUGAUGUUUGUUUUGGCUCUGAAGAUGGUGGAUUUGGAGUUGGGUAUAAACCUUGUCUUUACUUUGCUAGAGGCUUUUGUAAAAAUGGUAGCAAUUGCAAGUUCUUGCAUGGCGAUUUCUCUGAUUCGGUUGAUCCUUCUGCCGCCAUUGUUGGUUCUCCUAGCAAACUAGAAAGCUUGUUUGAGCAGCGUGAGGAGUUGAUGAGAUAUAAGGCUGCUGCUGCUCAGCAACAGCAGAGGUUGGCCACGGCGUCUGAGUUGAUGGCGGGAGUAUCACCUUCACAGUAUAAUAAGUAUAUCAAUUUUCUACUUCAACAACAAAAUGAUACUCAUAGAGCUACAGCAGCUGCGCUUAUGAUGGGAGAUGAGUUUCAAAAAUUUGGAAUGUCAAGGAGUGAAAGGAAUGAUUUCUUGGCUUUGGCUGCCGAGAAACGAAACUCGGCCUCGAGACAGAUUUAUUUGACAUUCCCAGCUGAUAGCACCUUCAAGGAUGAAGAUGUUUCGGAGUAUUUCAGCAAAUUUGGGCCCGUGCAAGAUGUUAGGAUUCCAUACCAACAGAAGAGGAUGUUCGGGUUUGUUACAUUUGUCUAUCCAGAAACCGUGAAACAAAUAUUAGCAAAGGGAAAUCCACAUUUCAUAUGCGAAUCACGAGUGCUCGUGAAACCGUACAAGGAGAAGGGAAAAGUUCCAGAAAAGAGGCAGCAGCAUCAACAACAGCAGCUCGACAGGGGUGACUUUACUCCUUGUUUGAGCCCCUCUGGACUGGACACCCGGGAUCCGUAUGACCUAAAUCUCGGAGCACGAAUGAUGUAUAAUACACAAGGGAUGAUGUUGCGUAGGAAACUAGAAGAACAAGUUGAAUUGCAGCAAGCACUCGAACUUCAGGGAAGACGACUAUUGAAUCUCCAACUUCCGGACUUGAAGAACGAUCAGCUACACCACCAUCACCCACACAAUUUAUCUAUUUGUUCUCCAUUAUCCACUGAAUCUCAUAAUCAAAUGUUUAUAAAUCAAGAAGCUUCUGAAGGUCAUGAGAAUAACCAAGUAGCUACCAACAACGCAAUAAGCACGCAGCAAACCUUUCAACUGGACGAGAGUUCUUGUUUUAUCCAAAGCAACAGCCGGGGCAAAGCGACCGAAGAUGGCUACAACUCCGAACUACUCGAAACUCACAAAAGUGUUGAGCAGGUCCUUCCUGAUAGUCCAUUUGCUUCUCCUAAAAAAUCUACCUUGGGUCAACAUUCUGAUUUUUCGUCUCUUAAAGCGGAUGGAUGCGGUCCCAAUACCUUACCGUCAUCGUCCCAGAGCAAUUCGUCACUGCCUUCUGGUCCUGCUGGUGACAUAACUUCACCUUAAUAACGUUUUUACUCCACGGUCGAAUGGCAACCUGUCGUCCUCUUGUGGUUGUUCACUUUCCCGUCAUGCUAAUUUAUGAAGUCUGUAAUUCAAAGUAAGAUACAUUACUUUCCUUAGGUUUCUAUUCCUUGUGUGAAUCUUUUGAAAUAUAGGCAAUAACUACAUGAGCAUGGCCAGCAGAUAUCAACAAUGUUAGGAAAAAUUAGAGAAGCAUAUAGCAGGCAGAAGAAUUAUCCCGAGAUGUAUAGAGAAAGUAUACCUACUUUGAGGAGUAGAUCUACUAUUACGACCAUAGAGACGAUCUCCACAAGUAUCAUCUUCAUCAAUACACACUCCUAACAGCAAAUACGUAUAAAUUCAUACAUUUAGGACAGAUGAUUUGGUUCAUGAGAGUUAGGUUUCUUCUGUGUUUAUUUUGUGCCUUAUUUGGGUGUGUGCUGGACCAUGCUGACUAAAGAACUCCGGUCGGGUUAACUCCCUUUUACAUCGUUCGUCUACACAUAAGUUCUUAUGUUCGUUCUUCGCGUUCAUAGUUAGGUAGAAUUUGAAGUUUCUGUGAAGCUCACAAGAGCCACAUUUGUACAUAGCAGCCAGUAGUUUAGUGUAGCUAACUGAUGAAAUGAUCACAGAACUGAUUGGGACCAAACAAAGUAGGGGUUGGUUACACCUUUUCCUUUUCCUUUUCUCCUCAAGAACAUAAUAAUUUGAUGAUACUAUUCUUUUC